CUCCUUUCCUCGUGAAGCAAAUUGCACUAUUGCCAUUGAUAGUACGUUAUCGUUCCUCAAUUCUUCUCAUUAGGAGGCGUUACGCAAACAUCGGAGGUGGAUUACUCGAUCGGUCUGCCUUAGUUCCUCGUGGGGGACCUUCAAACACGUCAGCGUCCCCGCCAUUAUGUACAGGAAGAGAUCUCGAAUCACGUAAGUUGGAGCACCAGUGGACGGGGAGUAGUUGUCUAUCCGUCUCUCCUCAUUCCUCCUCGGACGCUUCCUCGUCGCAAAGCUCAAUGGACAAAGGCCUCGGUGGCAGCAAGAUGAUGGCCACAGACGACCCCGUCAGCACACACACCUCGUCCGCAAGCACGCCGCUCCGAGACACCAAAACAUAUGUGACUGGCCACAAUGCCGAGAACGGCACCGCCGUAUAUCAAUCGAUCAAGCCAGCCGAAUGGCACUUUGUGCGAAACACAAACUUCUACACGGUCAGCUUCACCACCUCCGAGUUCCUCGUCGACAUGCAUAACAAUGCCGAUAUUCGCGAACACGAUAGGGUCAUGGCGGGUGGAAAUCUUGGAUUGGUCAGACCCAACGGGACGGUCUGCAGGACGGUUGACUUCAAGCCCCUUGGCCCAAGUCUCAUGCACCGAACGCAAUCUCUCGACUACGGUAUCGUCAUCGAAGGCGAGAUCGAACUGCACCUCGAUUCGGGUGAGGUGCAAACUUUGAAGCGAGGCGAUAUCGCGGUCCAGCGCGGGACGAUGCACGCUUGGAAAAACGCCAGUUCGUCCGAAUGGGCGAGGAUGGUCUUCGUCUUGCAAGCCAGCAAGCCAAUCAAGCUUAGCAAUCAGGUUCUCGGAGAGGACCUCGGUCACGCAAAGAACCUCAUUCCCGAUAGUGGCAACAGUUGAUGACUUUAAGGGGUUCGGACUUCUCUUGUGAACAUCAUCAUUGGGAUAGAUGGCAGAGUAUGAACAUCUUUCGUCCAGGGUAGGCUCCUAUAGCUCGCAAUGAGAAACUUG